GUUCCUCCCCAACCUCGGCAAACGCUACCAGUCCAUCCUCGUGCCGACCAGAUGCGGGGUUGUUGACCACUGAUCACUCCGGGGAACGUGGACGAUGCACGACCCCAGCCGUUCCCCGGAUCUUGAUGCCGCGCCGGGUCUCUCGGAGGGAGAAUGACCUUCAAUUCAGACGCUGCCAUUGGAGAGACGAUCGCCACUCGUAUAUCUCCUAUCCUCCGACCUAUCGUCUUUUCACCCGACGUCGGUAGGACUGCCCUCAUUGCUCAGACAACGCGAGGGAUCCCCCUGUCGAUCGCGAAGAAUGCCCCAGAGGGAUAGCUUCCCUGUUGCCGCACCCCCUCGGUAAAUGGGGUGGUGCCGUUAUUUAUAGGGCUGUCAGAACCGCUCGUGGGUGGAUGGUUUGACACUCCAGGUCACGGUCCAUCCCAUCCAUCAUGCGCAUCCGUCUGUCCCUCCGCUUGGCGCUGUUGGGUCUUUGCCUGGCCCCGGUGAUCUCCGCUCACCCCACGGGGUCGGCCACACCCCAGGAUGUGCCCCGGGGCCUCCUCCCCCAAGACCCCAGCGAGGACCCCUUCUACCAGCCCCCGGGCGGGUUCGAAGCCGAACCGCCCGGCACCGUCCUGCGUAGCCGCCGCAUCGUCGCCUCCUUCUUCGGCCUCCUCCCCAACCUCAUUGAGGCCCACCAGCUGCUCUACCGCACCACGGCCAUCGAUGGCUCGGCCAUCAGCACUGUGACGACCGUCUUCAAGCCGCACAACGCUAAGCCGGACCGCUUCAUCUCCUUCCACACCGCCUACGACUCCUCCGCCGUCAGCUGUCAGCCCAGCUACCAGUACCAGCUGGGGUCACCGCAGACCGAUUUGAUUCUCUCGCUCGAGAUGAUCGUCAUCCAGAUCUACCUGCUCCUGGGCUACGUCGUCGCCUCACCCGACUACGAGGGCCCCGACGCCGCCUUCGGGCCCGGCCGCCUCGAAGGCACCGGCGUGCUGGACGGGAUCCGCGCUGUGGGACACCACCACGCCGCACUGGGUCUCGACAGCGCCACACCCCCCGUCGUCGGCGUCGGCUACUCGGGCGGCGCCAUCGCCACCGGCUGGGCCGCCGGCCUGCAGCCCGCUUACGCACCCGAGCUGGACAUCCGCGGCUGGGUCGCCGGCGGCACGCCGGCCAACCUGACCGGCACGCUGGUUUUCAUCGACGGCACGGCCUUCAGCGGGUUCAUCCCCGCGGCGAUCGUCGGGCUGAAUCAGCCAAGCGCCUACGGGGCGCGGCUCCAGCCCGUCCUCGACGAGAUCGUCACCGACGCGGGGCGCUCCAUCCUCGACACGGCAUCGACGCAGUGUGCCCCAGCCGCCCUCGUCUCCUUCUUCGGCCGGUCGCUCUUCGACCCUGAAAUCCAGACGAUGGGCCCGGAAAUCCUGCACGAGCCGACCGUCUCGGACAUUCUCAAAGCGAACACGAUGGGCGCCAACAGCUCGGAGACGCCCACGGCGCCCGUUUUUCUCUACCACGCGACAGACGACGAGAUCAUCCCUUACUCGAAUGCGACGACGUUGCGGGAUGCGUGGUGCACGGACGGGGCGGACGUCCACUUCACGACGUUCGCUAGCGGCGGGCAUGCCACGACGGAGGUGAUCGGGUUGCCACGGGUGCUGAAGUUCGUGGAGGCGGCGUUCGAGGGGAAGACGGCGAAGGGGUGCGCGAUGGACGAGGAGCUGUCGGAUAAGCUGGAGCCGUUGGCGCUGGGGGUCAGUCUGGAGCCGGUCUUGGUGAAGUUGCUUCAUGCGUUGAUGCUGGCGGGGACGAAGGAUGCGAAGCUGCGGCAAGAUGUGAAGGUGUGGGGAGAAACCUUCUAAUGGUAUUGAUAGUUGAAGGUAAUUACGGGCAUGAUUAUGGUUAACGAAGACGAUGCCUCGGAGCGCUCAUUGUUGUCUAUUUCUGUUCUAGUGGAAGGGAGGCUACAUUGCAUGAGUUACGCAC